AUGGGGAGUGAUCAUGAACAUCUUCUUUUACACUGUGAGGUGCGAUGGCUAUCGAGAGGGAAUGUCUUGAAAAGACUAAUCGAAUUGAAGGAAGAAGUUUCGGUAUUCUUAGAACAAAAUCCUCCAACAUCUAAAGAUGAAAUAUUUGAAUUUAAAGACAGAUUUCAUGAUGCUAAUUGGUUAGUUAAGGUAGCCUACAUUUGUGAUGUGUUUGAUUUUUUGAAUAAUUUAAAUUUGGCACUUCAAGGUGAAAAUGUGACAAUAUUUAAAGUACAAGAGAAGGUGGAAGCUGCAACAAAAAAACUUAAUUUGUGGUCACGUCGCAUAAAAACAGGAAAUUACGAGGCUUUUACAAUGCUGACAGCAUUUCAAGAAGAGAAUAACGUAAGUUUCAUGCCACACGAUAUAUCAGCUCUUAUUCAGGAACAUUUGCAAGGACUGGAAACUAAUCUAAAAGAAUAUUUUCCUCUAAUUAACAGUAACAAAGCAUGGAUAAGGAACCCAUUUUCAAUCAAUAUUGAAAUAACUUUUUUGGACUUAAAUGUUCAAUCAUUAAUUGAAAUCUCGUGUGACACGGCACUCAAAUAUAAGGAACGGCCAUUAAUAGAUUUUUGGUUAUCUUGUCGUCAAGAGUACUCAGUUGUAGCAGAACAAGCGAUAAAAUUUCUAAUGCUUUUUGUCGCGACCUAUAAGUGUGAAGCAGGAUUUUCAACACUCGUGUUCCUGAAGAAUAAAUACAGGAAUCGGUUGGAAGUUGAACCAGACUUGAGAAUAAAAUGA